CCAUCAGCAGCUCCAAAAAAACAGACGGUUUCAACUGUGGAAGAAAAGCCGUCGGAGGAGCACGAAGAAUCAUCAGCCAUUCAGUCGCCCAGCGUUUCAGUGGAAGCUGAUGAAAAACCCAGCCGUAGAACAACUGCUUCAUCAAUAAAAAGUGGUGCAACAGAACCUGAAGAAAAGGCCGAAACCAGCCCUGAGGAAGAAGAAGCAAGUGAGGCUGGAGAAGGAGUUCCUCGAGAAGAGGAAGAAGAAAAACUGGCAGAAUCCGCUGAAGAGAAAGAAGAGGAAAGAGCAGGAUCAGUUGAAAAGGAAGGAGAGAAACGAGCAGAAUCUGCUGGCGAGGAAGAAGCUGCGCGUAGUGAAAGCGAGCCGGAAGAAGAAGCAAGUGAGGCUGAAGAAGGAGUUCCUCGAGAAGAGGACGAAGAAAAACUGGCAGAAUCCGCUGAAGAGAAAGAAGAGAAAAGAGCAGGAUCAGUUGAAAAGGAAGAAGAGAAACGAGCAGAAUCUGCUGGUGAGGAAGAAGCUGCGCGUAGUGAAAGCGAGCCAGAAAAGAGCCUGGGGAAAGAGUCUCCUGAGACUCCACAAAACAGCAGGAAGAGUUCGGUUGCUGUGGAUGAAGAUGAGGAACUGGAAAAGAAAAAUAGGGCAGCAACCAAAAUUCAAGCUACUUUUCGCGGUUAUAGUGCGCGUAAACAUUUAAAACGUAUGUGUUCAGGAUUUUUGAAUGUUCAGGGUUUUGGUAAAUGA